AUGUUCCAGCCUCAACCCACGCCAUUUGCGUCGUCUUUUCACGCACAACCAACCGAUUCUCACGCCCACGCCCACGCUCAUCUUCACUCUCAUCCUCAGGCACAUCUACCGCGGACGCAACACCGGGCUUCUCAUAAUGUUGUGGGAUACGGCAUGGGUAUAGGAGGAGAGAUGGUGGCAGGAUCAGACAUGGGAGGAGUCGAGGGGACAGAAGGAGGAGGAGGAGGAGGAGGAGUGGGAAUGAUGGCAACAGGAGGAGUAGGAGGAGGAGGAGGAGGCAUGAACAACUACAGCUUCCCGGCAGACACAGGAGUGAUGGGAGUGCAGGUGGCAUCAUCGUCGGAUGCGAACUGCAUGGGAAUGGGCCUAGCUGCAGCGGCAGCAGCAGGUGGCCAUCACGGCCAUGGCCAGAGCAUGGGAAGUCCCUUGGCUCACGGAAGAGGCCACAACCACAACGGCCUGGGACUGGGCGGAAUGAGCAGCAACAACAUGAACAUGGGGAUGACGGGAAUGAACAUGAACAUGGACAUGGGUUUGUUGCAAUCGCAGUCGCAAUCGCCGUCGCAGUCGCUAUCUCUGGGCGGGGUUGGGGAACCCGCACCUGCUGGAGCCGCUGGGGCUGCAGCUGCACCACCCGCUGUGGCCCGGCCACCUGCUUCCAGGUAUUCUGGGUCCCGAAGGUCCAGAGGGGCAGGCACUGGCAUACCUGUAGGCACAGGGGCAGCUGCAGCACUUACACCACCCGAAGGCCUGUAUUCCACGCCCUCCCCCGCCAGCCGAAGCGGAAGUCACCUGGACCUGGACGCCUCUAACGGCGGCGGCGGCGGCCACAGCCACAGCCCUGGGGCGUCUUCCCGGUCUUCUCAUUCCCAUCGCGCCGGAGCUGGAGCUGGAGCUGGAGCUUCUUCAUCUUCCUCCUCCACCUUUUACAAUCCGUCCAUCUCCAACUCCAAUCCCAACACCAACACUGCUCCCGCAAGCGCUGCAAACUCCGCGAGCACUCGUCCGUCCACCAUGGAUCCCGGCGACUCUUCCGAUUUCGCCGCUCAGGAAGCCGCCGCCCGGGAUUACCAACCGCAGCUCGAGGGUCCAUUGGUGGGCGACAAGACUACGAGCGAUGCCAUUACCGACGAGUACGCUAAGGCCGACGAUGUCUACGUCGCCAAGACUAUCGCCCUCCCGCAAACCUACUCGCACUACCGACCGAUUCAAGGCGACGGAAACUGCGGCUGGCGAGCUAUUGGGUUCUCUUACUUCGAGCAUCUAGCCAACAACGGCGACCACGACCAGAUCCUCGGCGAGGUUGCGCGCAUCACCAGCCUCAACCAAUACCUCCUGAAUGUCGGCGGCUACGAUCGGAUGCUGUUCGAAGACAUGGUCGACGAGACCAUCGCUCUGCUGAGAGACCUGGCAGACAACAUCAGCAACCGCCAAUUGGUCCAGCAGAUCGUCAUGCAGCGCUUCAACGACCAAGAUGUCUCCAACGCCAUCAUUUACCACCUUCGGCUUCUCGCCAGUUCAUGGCUGAAGGGCAAUUCCGAAGACUACGCCCCCUUCAUCCCAGGCGACCUGGGUGUCUUCGGCUACUGCGCCGAGCUCGAGCGUCCUAACGUAGAGAUCGAGCAUCUCGGCCUGCAGCUGCUUGUACAGGUCUUGCUGAAACCCGUCAACAUGGUCCUCGAGAUUGCCUACCUUGAUAGAAGCGCCGGUAGUCAGGUCAACAGCUACCGCAUCCCCAACGAGGCCAUGAGCCAGGACCCUGCCAACCUUGGCCCAAUCAUAUACCUCUUAUACCGCCCCGAUCACUACGACAUUCUUUACAAAUCUCCCCCGAACCCAGCUCCCCACGCCUUGAACCUGCAGGUCAACCGAGCGACGUCUUUCUCUCACCGACAGGAGAUUAUGAGUGUUACUCCGUCGCUGCAGACCUACACCAACAUGGACUACAGCCCAUUGGCCAUGCUGCCCGGAUUUGGCGGCCCGCCUUCCGGCCUGUCCUCUGGCCUGUCCUCUGCUCUAUCCUCACUAGGCUCGCCCGCCUCUGCCUCACCGAUGCCAGACGCUUAUGAUGCUCCACCUCAAUCCCCCUGGAUGCCCGCCCCUUACUCCGACCAUCUGCAGCAACAGCCGCCGCCGCAGCAGCAGCAGCCCGUACCGACUCCUCGCCCACAACCGCAAUCGACACCACAGCCACAAUCUCAGCAGUCGACCCCUACCUCUGGGAAACCAUCGCAGCCUGUGGACUACCAGUUGAGGUUCAGUCACCAGUGCUGGCACCUCAGCAACUCCGGCUCGUCGCAACCGUCGAUGCUGCCCUCCCAGUCAAGUUUUCCGGAGCCAAGUUUCACCACGGCCAUGUUCAAGAACAGCCAUUUCAACAAGGCGCACUACCAAAACCCGCAGUUCCAUCCGGAGGAAUGGACUCCGGAUGAUGAAGGGCACGAGAGAGUUCCGAGUGCGAAGAAGAAGGGAAGAGUCAAGUCAGAGCACUAG